AUGUCCGACGUUGCAGGUCCCAAGGCCUCUCCUGAGCCAAGCUCGACCCGCCUGAAUCCCUUCGACGACAGCGACGUCUCGUCCCGCAAGCGCCGGCGCACAUCCGUCUCAGCCUCGGGCUCGCCUUCAGCCUCGGCCGAGACGGGUGUCUACCUGUCAGACUCCAGCUCCAGCCCCUACUACACCACCGUCAACGCCAUGCCUCCUCCUCUGGACGGGACCGCCAAGCCCAGCCCGGACUCCAACGAGCCUCGCACCCCGCCUCAGACCGUCGACUCGCCCACCAUCCCCCCCGAUCCUCCUCUGUCGAACCGAGUCACCAUCAACCUGAGGAACCAGUCGUCGAGGGCCUCCACAGCCUCACCCACCCGUCCUGCCCGCGAGCCCUUCGUAUAUUCUCCAUCCGCCGACAAGGCCAAGAAGAGCGUCGAGGAAGCUGAUCCCCCUUCCGACGCAGACCUAGAAACGCCGCCCCCAGCAUGGCGUGCCUCCCUCAGCCCGCCUACCGAAGACCUGUUCCCCGGAGACCAGGAUAUGCCGGACGAGACGGUCGUCGAACCCAAGUCCGACAGACCCAGCCCGGGGAUCACCAAUGACGCUACUCCGCUGGCAGAUCCCACCGCACGCUUCCCGUACCAUGAAACUGAUAAGCCAGUGGCUGAGACCGUGAACCGCCUGCGCCAAUUUCUGUUAGACGGUCAGUUAUUGCACACAGAAGCAGACAUCUACGACCAGCUUCGGUUAUGGGUGGACCUAUUUGUCGCGUUUGCAAAGACGGCAAGCCCAGCUGAGGUCCUCGAGUCGGUUCAUAGCAAUGUAGCCUUCUGGCAGACUUUUCUCGGUGUUUCCGCGAUCAUCGCGGAUGAAAACUCCCCUUCCUCAGUUCGUCCGAGGGUGUCGGCCCUCCAGAGAUUGGCGCUCCUGUUUUCGCACUCCUUCGCUGCGCUCACGGCACAGCUCAUCAUCGUCGACUUCCAUUCCGUCAGCGAAUGGCAAUCCGGCGGGCCGUCGCGGAAUCCUGCUGGUCCGCUAUUGAUUUCUCCCGGCUAUCUUCGACAGUUGCACCAAUUGAUACAGUUUGGUCCGGUGAGCGACUCCGUCUUGGCUGAUAUCACUGGGGUAGAUCGACCACACCUCGCCAUGUGCUUCGCAAACGGGCUGUAUGCCUUCACCGGAGGAGGCUUUGAGUCUCUCUGUACCCUUGCGACAAGCCUAGCCGAAGUCGUGCGGACAGUCCCGAACCUCGUCAACAUCCUCACGCCUAUAACACAGGUGCUCACGGAUUGUCUGUACGAGACCUCGCGGGCUCUCCUUGCCCGCACGCAGGGUGCCUCGGACUUUGCUCCACAUCUGAGCGCGGCCUACCGUACUUGGACCUUCUUGUCGUCGCUCCUGACAGAGAUUAUUGAGAAGCACGUCGGAACAUUGAGCAGCGAUGGUGUUUCUUUGCAGAUCCUGGCAUUGUCGGAUAUGCUCCGUUUAUGCCUCCAGUAUGACAACGACGAAACCAUUCCGCUGCUCAGAGAACAUCGAGCAAAGUACCCUGAACUGGUGGGACCCCGGACAGUCGAUGCCAUCACCUGGGAAUGGAAGGCGGACAUCCUUGGGAGGCUGAUUCGAUCCAGCCAGCUGCAGCUGCGGGUGAUGGCGGCGACCACCAUGUGCAACGAACUGGUCGGCGCUUGGAAGCGUUUCGGUGCCCCUAGCGCAAGCCCAAAUCAGCACUUCACCGAUCACCUGGGUCACCAUCUCCUGCAGACAGGCUUGGUAGACUACAUCCUCGGGCCCAAUUGCCACCCGGAGCUCAUUAAUGAGAGCGCCAACAUUAUUGGAUACCUGGUUGUUACCAAGCUGUACGACAAGGACCAUACCGAUCGUCUUUGGCAGCGCCUCACUGAGAGUCAGGACCCGCGGAUAGAGAAAGCCGUUGCCAAGAUGGCGACAUCCAUCACGAACCUGUUUGAUUAUCCCACGCUGCUCCUUCUUUGUGAAAAGUUCCAGGCUCUUCCGAUGGCCGAUUUCAACCAGACGCUGAAGAAUUACUGGGGCGUCGUCCACCACGAGCUGAUGAUGCGAUGCAAGACGGAGGGCAUCACUCUCGGCUUCCUUCCAUACGGCCUCUGUUUAAGAUUGCUGAGGGAAGCAUUUCUACAGUCGUCUACUUUCCAAAUGUACCUUCCAGAUGCGCAAAUCAAAGCAGCCACGGAAAAGCUCAAAAGCUUGCUCUUCUACGGCCCGGACAGCGAGGGUCGUCAGGAAUUAUAUGCAAGCUGUAUCGAAGACAUUGCAGCAAAAUCGCCAACAACCCUGGGGAGCCUAUGUUGCUUGACCAUCACCAUCCGCCCAAAUAUGGCUGAUGAGAUGAACUUCCUCAUUGAGAAGCAUGACUUGGUGAGGCUGCUAGUGGAAGAGCUGGAGCAUGCCAUUCAAUCGACAAGGACUACUGGUAUACGUCCAGUGUUCUUCGGGCAGGUCAAUCAUCCAAGGAAAGACUUCAUUGCAAACCUCAUCCGCCUCCGGCCCGACGCAAUACCCGAAGACUUGGGCCGGAAGCUUUGGGAUCUGCUCGUUGGGCCGGCUAGUCUCUGUGAAGAGGAUAGGAAUUCGGCUUGGGACAUCUUCAUCGAUUUUACCCAUGGUAUGGCGUUUGAGAAUCCAUUUCUGCGGCUCUGCUUUUCCCGCUAUCUUCCCGACCUACCGUCUUCCUGCUUCUGUAGGGGAUUGCUUAACUGCAUUAAGAAAGUAAUUGCCGAAGAUGGGAUUCGCAGCUUGGCCGUGGGCGUCUACCUAGAGAGCCAGGCCAUCACGACAUAUUCGUUUGAUCGGGCUCGUCGGGUUCACUCUGCGUUUGUCGAGCGCUGCCUCAACCAGCUGAGCGCCUGCGCGAGCAGGAUCAAGGCGUCAAGCGAUGGAACCUCAAGCGGCGAAGACGAGCCGAUGGUGAUUGUUGCAACUGAAGACGAGAUACAGGAGCAAGAACGCAUCUUCACCCGAACACUGCAGCUCCUUAGGGUCUUUGUCCAAGGCCAUUGUGCGAGUCCCGCUCUGAGCGCUCCCGAUUUCCGACCAUACUUCCAGGAUCAGCUAUAUCAGACGGAAGGCGACCUUGCGCCGCUCAAGUACCAGACUUUUGACGGGGGCCCAAGCGCAGAAGUGAAGCCGUUGCGCAUCGGCAAGCUCAACACGGCCGCUUCUCUGAUAUCCAACUUGCGGCACGAGACCGGUUUCAGCAACUUUCGCAUCAUCUACAAAGGGCGGCAAUUCCUCCCCUCAAUGGACCAGAUGGCCCAGACUCUGGAGAGUCUGCAGGUCGAAGAUGGCAUAGUGCUGGUUGUUAAACAGGAGAACGACACUUCGAGCAACAACUCUACUCGGAUCCAGCAUGGUGCAUCGCCGCUGGAGAUUCGAAUUCUGUCGCGUUUCCAAGAGCUGUGGAGCUAUCUCGGUAUGGAAGACAAGAUCGCGAGUGAGGUCUAUCGCCUUCUCGUCGAUCUCCCCGUCGACGGCCACAUCAUCGACUUGUUGGAGAGCCAAAGCACCGUGUACACCGAUCUUUUCCCUCCCGGACAGCCUUACAAAACCCUCUAUGCGAUUGGCGCGCUUUCCAAGUACCUUGAGCCCAUUCGCUCCAAAGGGCCAGCCAAUGAUGAAGCUGCUGGCGACGUUCAUGGAUUUUCCCGUAUUUCAAACGAGGAGGUUUUGAGCUCAAGUUUUUCUUUAGUCGUGCAGGCCCUUUCUGACGAAAACUUUCUGCAUCAAGUCAGCCCCAAAUUAAGCAUCCAGCUCAUGGGGGCUUUAAUGCAGACUUUUGUAACCCUCUUAUCCAUCAUUCAGCCAUCGGCGGAGACAUCUCUUGCGUACCCAAGCGCCGGCCGCCUCAUUCACAUAUUGGCAGACGCAGGGAUGGCGAGGGAAGAUGAAGCUGCACUGCCUUUGAUCGAAAACACGUUGUCAGCUAUAUUGCGUCUCUGUCUAUCACAGCGCGCCUUCAUGGAGAGCGUUGCAGAUCAUUCGUCGUUCGGAAACGUCCUCCACGACUUGAUUCUUUGGGACUCUCGCCCAGAGGUCAGAAGGCGUGUUGUGAACAUGAUUAGGACAGCAGCGGAAUCAGAAGAGCGCCCUCUCAACGGUCUUGAAUCCACAUCUACAGAAGAAGGGCAUGCCUCAGGAUUGGCGUAUCCGCUGACGCGCUACUUUUGGUCGACAGCUUUGGCUCUUCUCCCAGAGACAAUCGGCAACCAAAGCCGGUGCCAGGAAUUGCUCGACGGCCUUGAGUACUUAUUCUGCAGGAUGAGCCUCAUCGAGCCUUCCGAGGUUGAUAUCACCGCUUUCGCCAGACAGAUCUGUGAACUCCUCCUGAACCACACCUCGACUGAGCGGUUGGACCAGCCGGAGUCGCAGGAUCAUGCUGCAGCUGGUCUAUCAACUCUUCUGCUCCGGUGCCUGCAGCUGGAUAGCACUCUGCCAGCCUCUCCAGCCCUGCCCGAUGAUCUUGCCGAGAUCUUAUUCCAGAGCCACCUUUUCCCGCGACGCCGAGUCGAGUCAACGCAGCCUGUGCCGAGGGUGGUGUUGAGGACGGACACGCGCGCCAGGCUGUACGAAGCAAUCUUCGCCUUCACAAAAGACUACCCGAAUCGAUUUUGGGCGAUUCUGCAGAACCUCAAUUCCCUCGUCCCCUAUUUUCCAGACGAGGAUGAUGGCCUCGAUCCGUAUAUAUACGAUUUGCCCUACAAUUUCAACCGCAACCAAGCCAUAAGGUCGCACGGCUACGUGGGCCUACAGAACCUCUCAAACACGUGCUAUCUCAACUCACUCCUCACUCAGCUCUUCAUGAACACUCGGUUCCGCCAAUUUGUGCUUGAAUUCAACGUACAAGAUCCAGGCCAUUCUCAACAAUUGCUGUUCCAUAUGCAAAAACUCUUUGCAUUCAUGCAGGAAAGCUAUCGCCGAAGUGUCGACCCUACAGAUUUGGUCAGCUCCAUCAAGACGUACGAAGACGCCAUGAUAGACAUCCACAACCAGAUGGACGUGGAAGAGUUCUAUAGCCUGCUGUUUGAUCGGCUGGAAAGUCAAGUCAUGACGGAAGGCGAAAGGAAGAAGCUACGGUCGAUCUAUGGUGGACAGCUCGUCCAGCAGAUCAAGUCGAAGGAGUGUGAGCAUGUGUCUGAGCGGCUUGAGCCAUUUUCGGCGAUCCAGUGCGAUAUCAACGGAAAGAAGACGCUCCAUGAAAGCCUCCAGGCUUACGUUGAUGGGGAAGUCUUGGAAGGCGAUAACAAGUACAAGUGCUCAUCUUGCGACCAACAUGUUGAUGCUGUCAAGAGGACAUGCUUGAAAGAUUUGCCUGACAAUCUGAUAUUCCAUCUGAAACGGUUCGACUUCAACAUCCGUACUCAGCAACGGUGCAAAGUGAACGACCAUUUCGUAUUCCCGCCAAGCAUCAACAUGCGCCCGUACACAAUCGACUAUCUCAGCGAUCCAACAAAGGACGCGGAGUCGCCUGACGUGUUUGAGCUAGUUGGCGUCCUCGUCCACUCUGGCACGGCGGAAUCGGGCCAUUACUAUUCCUACAUACGAGAGCGCACGUCGACUACAGACUGCCCCAGCUGGGUAGAGUUCAACGACGAUACCGUAACGCCCUGGGACCCGCGUCAGAUGGCAGCAAGCACGUUUGGCGGCCCGAUUCAGCAAAGCAGCCCACACUUUUCCGACCGGCAGCCGACUGACAAGACGUACAGCGCCUACAUGCUCUUUUAUCAACGCUCUUCAUCCCUCCUCGCGGAACAGCAAUCGAUGCUGUCUUCCCCGGAGAACACUAUCCCUUUCCAGAUUGACACCGACCCUCAGCUUCGGGAGCAUAUACUGAAUGAUAACACCGUCAUUCUUAAGCGACACUGCCUAUAUGAUGCCAGUCACGCCGAGUUUGUGCAACAUUGCUUCAAGCACGCAGGGCUCCUCCAGAACAGCAUCAGUCAUGACGGUACAGGCCAGCAGCAGGAACAAACGCCCCAACUGUCCGACAAGGAUACAACAGCAAUGCCACCCCAUGCAUUCAAAGACCUAGCGAUGGAGAUGGCUCUCGGCCACCUUGACCAACUCGUGAGUCGACAGCAAGGGACGCCGAAUUUUGAGUCAUUCUCGAGCCUUAUCAGAGCAGCUGUUGUUGACUGUGGAGGCUGCGCGCUUGCGUUCUUCAGCUACUUCAAUACGCGUCAUGAGGCGUUUAGGGGCCUGGUGCAGCGCAAUCCGGAGGCCAAGAUUCGUGCCUUUGCUGGAGCCACCACGGCGAUUGUGUUGGGUAAAAUUGCCGCCGAGACGCCUCAGCUCUACGAUGGACCCAGAAGCUCCGAUGAUGCCACUCCAGACGACGGGGAAGGCGGCUCUACGUCCAAUUCUCUGGGCCACGACGAGCUUUCACCAAAGGCGUACGUCUUGACCGGAGUGAUGUGCUCCUUCGACUAUAUUUGGCAACACUUCCAGUUUCAUCUCCGCUCUUGGGACGAAGUGUUUGGCAUGAUGCUCGAGUUUGCCAAGUUGGGGCCGCGAGAGGCGGCCCACAUGCUAGCCAACGAUUAUCUGCUCAAGCUCCUGCGCAUCGUUGCGGCCGACGUGUCCAUGGAGCUGCCACCAAACUACGCGAAGAUGUUGCACAGCAUCUACCGGCGGGCGGUUAACAGACCCCCGUCGUACGUGUCGAUUCUGAACCUCAUCAACUACCUCAUCUCCCAGCUUGAUCCCACCGUGGACGCGCAAAGCAUUGUCGACGCAGCGGAGGACCGAUUGCGCUUCUUCGAGCCACCGUUUCCCUGGACAUCGGAGGAAGUGUUUCUGAUCCACAGCCACCCAGAGCGCCAGCUGGCCAGCAUCUUUGUGGAAAAGCUACUGGGCAUCGAUCAAGCCCUGGAGGCCACUCACGGCAUUCUUGGCCGCCUGACAGCAUUGUCGAACCAAAUGGACCAGAGGGUGUUCAACACUCUGCGGAGAAGAAUUCGGGGAGACACGACAGAACCGAUGGAUCCAUACCUGCGAGGCGCCACCACCUAUCUGGAACACACGCCCUCGGCCGGCCACAUGCAGUCUCUGAUGCGCCACAUUGCUGCGCAGGCCGGAGGCCUACAGAGCACAGAUGAAGCCAAGGCGUUUCUGGAACACUUUCAGACAGCGCUGAAUCUGAAGAGAAGUGACGGCGAAAUGGCUCAGACGGCAGAGGUCUGUAGCCUUGAGACGCUGGCGGAUUGGGUGCCUCAUCUUCUCGUAUUUCCCGAUGGCGAGGUGAGGUUUGAUACCGAAUGCUUUCUGGACAGGGAACUCUUUGGCCCUGCCGCGGACAGCCCGGACGACGAUUCGCAAAGGUCACAGGAAAGAGAGGGCUCACAGACCAUCAUCCAAAGACUGGGGAUUUCGUGUUUGCAGUAUCUCCGGCAAGAGCACAUAAGUCGCCGCAAGCUCAUUGGGCGAGAGUCUGCGAGCGCCGUGAUCCGGGUAGUUGCCAAAUGCUCUACGUAUUACAAUCGAGAGCCGGAUCCCGAUGACGACAACAGUGUGGAGUUUAAGACGCUGCAGGACGAUGUGCUGGGCUCUUUGCGAAAAUACGUUGUGGAUGAGGUAGAGGAUGACGGUUCUGACUGGGAAGGCUCCUGCAUCUCAUCAGAUGCGCUCGACGGCCAGCCCGAUCUCGGAGUGCAGCAGAUUGGCGAGCUGGAUGAAGCAAAUGCAAUAUAG